ACAUUCACAGUUGCCUGCCUUUAAAAAUGUACACUCACUAUGCUCUUGUUUCACAUGCUGCUUUAGGAGAAUAACGUGAGAGAGUUUGUGCCUCAUAAUGCAUUCUUACAGAGACUGGAAGAGAUUAUUGUCGGGUUUUCAUAUGUGUGGAUGAAAGAGAUGACACUGAGUGCUUGCUCUUCCACUUUGGCUUGAUUAAAUAUUCCCCAGGGAGAAGCUGUAAGGAAAAGGACAACAGCAGAAGAAAGACAAAGCAGAGAAGCAGAGGGAGGAUCUCAAGAAGAACAGAAAAGAGAAAAAAGACAAUACACUUGAAAAAACUAGGUAAGCACAAGAGCGGAGCACAUAGAGCAAUUGAAAGAACUAAAGGGGAGGAAGAGUGUGUCAAAGUAUGAGAGAGGAUGAACUGUCCAGAGAUGAUCACCCUAAAGGAAGGGUGGUUCCCAAAGAGAAGCUGGCAAGACCACUUUCUAAUGCCUGUCCUGUUGUUGUAGCCACUCCAGGCAUUACCGGACGUAAACGUCAGAUUGGCUCACACACAGAGGAUCACCUUACUCCACUCACCCCUACCUCAUCGGACCACAGCAACAAAGUCACACCAGAGGACAGCAUUCAGAUAUACACCUCAACAGGCCCCAAAAAACUCAAACAGAGCCCUCAGCAUCGGCCGCCUUCUUCCAGCCCCUCGCUUUCUCCCCUGCCAGGUCACAGUCCUGGAGGACUCCCAGCCCUUGAAGACCCACAAGCUCAACGGGCCAUCGCCAACAUCCGUGAACGCCAGCGGACUCAGUCGCUAAACGAAGCGUUUGCCUCGCUGCGCAAGAUCAUUCCAACGCUCCCCUCGGACAAAUUGAGCAAAAUUCAGACUCUCAAGUUGGCAUCCCGCUAUAUUGACUUUCUGUACCAGGUUCUGCAAAGUAACGAGAUGGACAGCAAGCUUGCCGGGUGCAACUACCUGGCACAUGAGAGACUGAGCUAUGCCUUCUCUGUGUGGCGGAUGGAAGGGGCAUGGUCAACUAUGUCUGCAGGUCACUAGCUGGGUCUGAAAGGUCAACAAAGUUCACAGGGAUUCAAACAUAAAGAGAGAUUCCUUUUCAGAUUUCCUUUUGACUUUUAAAAGACCAGCGAUGCUGAGGGCUUUCUGUAAGCCACAUUAGCCUUAAACCUCUUCAGGCUUGUGAAUCAGAUAGCCUCUGGACUGUUAUUUAAAUGUUUCAAGUGAUUAUUGGGGAGGGACACUAGAACACACUCAAAGUAAGACCUCCGUAUGAAUGUGUAUUCUGUUUACAUUGUAUCUAAUUAAGCUUAGAAAACUGGUCUUCAUUGAAGAAGUUCAAAGACUAUCUCUCCAAACGUUUCUCCACAUGAGAAGAAAUAAUUUUACUUAAGGUCUUUUAAUCUAUUUGUUUUCUUUGGAUCUGAAGUCAGACUGCUGUUUAAAUAUAGCUGCUCUCCCCUAAUUUUAUCACUGCAUCCGUAAGCCUAAUUUAAACUUUACGUUGAGUAUUUUUCUGUGUGUCUGCUAUAUCUUGGGUUAGCAAGAGGAAAUUUGUGUGGGAUAUAUAAAACCCAGCAGCUGUAGGGUUUAGAUGAAACUCUUAAAACUGAUCCUGGACCUUUGCCUUACCCAAAUCCUUUCAACUUUUAAUUUUCCAGCCCUUAAAAUCCCUUGGCCACCUCAGAACUCGAGUAACAGCGGAAAAUGUAGCCAUGGGCAGUUGCCUCUUUUAAAACAAAACCAAGCCCCUUUGUGUUUUCUCCUGGUUCUAAAGAGAAACUCCUGUUGAAAUAUUUUCCUCCAGUUCUGGCUCAAAUUUAGCUUGCAUGGCACGAAUCUCUGAUACAGCUACAGUUCGCUGACGAGGAGGCGUAAUGAAAACAAACAGUCUUUUUACAGCCAUUAAUCAUGUGUGUCAUCAUCAAAGGGGAGGCUGAUGUGGCUCCCCACUGGGCUUAGCAUAAACCAUGGGCAGUGAUGGAGGAGGUGAGAGCUGAUUUAUGCACACAAACGCGGACGUGUGCAUAGGUGUAGCCGUUUGCAUGUACGCAUUCCCUGCAAAUUGCAUGUUCUUCAUGUAUUAGGUUCUAAAAAUACCUCUGCAGUAUAUGUUUAAAGUCAGAAGUAUUACCAGAGUAAAGUUCACUUUUUUGCCCCAUUGAAGCACCAUGGUUAUUAUUCUUACUGUUGCUUUUAUUUUAACAAGAGAAGUACAAAGAGAAAUGAGCAGGCAGGUUGUUAGCUUCCAAAACAAACCAAUGACAAACCUGACAAACCACUUCUUACUUCAGUGCCAGCAUGCAAAAAGAUCAGCAACCUAUCAUUUGUCACAAGGAAAAGUUUCCAACUGAGAUGAAUAAUUGUAAUUUUUUUUUAGCCCUGCAGUCAGUCCAGUGUGGUCUCAGAAGGCUUAAGGUCUCUGGCAUAUUAGAAGAUGCUUGACUUUUCAAAAUGACUCAUCAUCCAGGAGAGAUAAUAUUGAAUAAAUUGCAAAAGAGCUGCUAAAAUGUUCCAAAUUACUUUUCUAUAUUUUUUAAGUAUAUUUGUUAAAGCAAAUUGUAUGUCAAUUUCCUUUGUGGAUUUGCAGAGGGUUUCUGAUGUGUAUGGCCCCAUUUGUAUCUGGGUUACCUCGAAACAGGUAUUUGCAUGAAUUAAAACGGUUCAUCUCGAUUCUUGAAUAUAUAGAACAGCAUCUGUAAACUUUACAGAUUCUAAAAAUCCAUAUUUGUGUUCCUUCCAUAACAUUUUGCCAUUUUUUUUACUUCAAGCUGAUAAAUAAAGUCUGAUGUUUCAAAUUA